AUGGCCGAAUUCGACCUUACCCGACGGAUGGCUCCGUUCUUGGACCUCCACUUGGUCAUCCCUCUGCUCGAAUUCAUCGAGCCCCGCCAGAUUUUCGAUAACGAUUCGAUGACCGAAAUCCAUCGUCAAGUGUUGAGGAAGACGAGAUUGGUCGACUCUCUCAAGAAUACCUACCCGGAAGAUGCUGUACCCGAAGAGGUGUCGAUCCGCCGUGCCCAGACCCUCGAGGAGCUGGAGGAAUUGAAAACCCAGGCUGACGCCGUCAUUGCGAUUCUUGAGACCGAAUCGGUUCGGGAUUUUAUCGAAUCGACCCGGGAUCGCGACAGCAAUCAAAAGAUCCUUGACUUUUUGAUCAGCAACCAUGGAUUCAAAACCGAAAUGUUGGACGUGCUUUUCAAGUACGGCAAAUUCCUAUACGAGUGCGGGAACUACAACUAUGCGUCGAUUAUCCUCUUCCAUUACAAGAAUCUGAUCCCGCAGCAUGACCCAAACUUCCUGGGCGCUCUUUACGGGAAAUUGGCCUCCGAGAUCAACUUGCAGGAAUGGGAACACGCCAAGGAAGAUUUGCUGAAGUUGCGUGCCUACAUCGACUCGAAUCCUUUUGAUUCUGAGUGGGAACUCAUUCAGCAGCGUGCAUGGCUGAUGCAUUUUUCGCUUUUUGUUUACUUCAAUUACGCGAAGGGACGUGACGAGAUUAUCGAACUUUUCUUGAACCAGCAGCCGUACCUCAACGCAAUCCAAGUUGCCUGCCCACAUUUGCUUCGAUACCUGGCUGUCGCCGUCGUCACAUCCAAGAAUAAGCAGAAAAACAGCUUGAAGGAUCUCAUCAAGGUCAUCGAUAUUGAGAGGCAUAAUUACUCUGACCCCGUAACCGAUUUCCUCACGUCUCUUUACAUCAAGUACGACUUCGAUGACGCCCAAUUAAAGCUUCGUCAAUGUGAAGGGGUCCUAUCAAACGAUUUCUUCCUUACCGCUUGCCUGGAUGAUUUCCGUGAAUCAGCCCGUCUUUUGACAUUCGAGAUGUUCUGUCGGAUUCACCAGUGCAUUUCGAUCGACAUGCUGGCACAACGACUCAACAUGAAAAAGGAAGAGGCGGAGCGCUGGAUAGUCGACCUCAUUAUUAAUUAUCGUAUCGAGGGCGCCAAGAUCGAUUCCAAACUCGGCCAGGUUGUGAUGGGCGUGAAAACGAGCAACAUUCAUGAACAGGUCAUGGAAAGUGCCGACCGACUGACGAAGCGAGCCCAAGCCCUGACUUUGCAAACGGAAAAAGUGCGUUCCGAUCGCGGCAGGGCGGCACAG